AGCUCUCAGGAACCUUUAUUAUGCGAGCGGCAUGCCAAUCCUUCUCCCUCUCCCUGACUUGGACAAGUUUUAAGCCCCCCAUGGGAGGAAUGAUCUAUAGACAAUAGGGGCCGGUACAGGAGGAGGCAUUUCUCCCCCAGGUAGUCACGACUUUAGAGCUUCUCUGCAGGAGCCCCGGUAUUAUCAGGCUGCAGGCAGCAGCUUCUCCGCCCAUCGGUACCGAGCACACACCGCACUCAUGUUACCGACUCUGCUCUGCUCAGACGUCCCGUGCCAUUCGGAGGAUGGAGGGAGCCUCAGGAGGAUGCCCCUGCGCCCCGGCAGCGGUACCAUGAAUCUAGGCACGACCUUCAGAGCCCAUAUAGACGGCGAUUCCGACUCUGCCCUGUCUUUGGACUCCAGCGUUUUUUGCAGCGAUUACUCCGCCGCUCCCCGGGACCAUCUGACCAUCAAUGUCGGCGGGAGCCGCUUUGUCCUGUCUCAGCAGACCUUGUCCUGCCACCCGCACACCCGCCUCGGUAGGUUGGCCACCUCUGGAGGGGAUGAGGUCUUCGAGCUGUGCGAUGAUGCCAACUUGCUGGACAACGAGUAUUUCUUUGACCGCAGCUCUCAGAUGUUUGAGUACAUCAUGAACUACUACAGGACCGGGCGCCUGCAUGUCAUGGACCAGCUGUGUGCCGUCUCCUUCCUGCAGGAGAUCGAGUAUUGGGGCAUCGAUGAGCUGAGCAUAGACCACUGCUGUAGGGACAGGUACUUCAGGAAGAAGCUCAAGAGCGAGACCUUGGACAUCAAGAAUAAUGAAGAGGAGGUAGAAGCCGAGGAUGACGAUGACUUCUCUGGAGUUGUCUGUGAGGAGUUCAGGCAGAAGCUUUGGGACGUCCUAGAGAAGCCAGGGUCUUCUGUGGCUGCAAAGACCUUUGGGACAGUCUCCAUGACCUUUGUGGUGGUCUCCAUAGCUAACAUGGUCCUGAUCUCCUCUGAGGUGGGCUCUAUAGACUCCCCAUUGUUGAAUGUAUUGGAAUACAUCUGUGUUUCGUGGUUUACAGUAGAGCUGUCCCUUAGGUUCCUGUGUGUAAAGGACAAGUGCCAGUUCAUGAUGAGUGUUAUCAACAUCAUAGACUUUGUCGCUAUCUUGCCCUUUUAUAUUACUCUCUUGGUGGAGAUCUGGUUUGGUGAGAGUACCGAGCUUGAAAACGUUGGGAGGAUAGUACAAGUCUUGAGGCUUCUGAGAUCCCUGAGGAUGUUAAAACUCGGCAGACAUUCAACAGGUUUGAAGUCUUUAGGAUUGACAAUUGCCCAGUGCUAUGAAGAAGUAGGUCUCUUACUUCUCUUCUUGUCAGUGGGUAUCUCCAUAUUCUCCGCCCUGGAGUAUGCUGUUGAAUUCAACGUUCCUGACACAACCUUUACCAGUGUACCAAGUGCCUGGUGGUGGGCGACAACCUCAAUGACAACUGUUGGUUAUGGUGAUAUCAGGCCAGACACGACAGUUGGCAAAAUUAUUGCCUUCCUGUGCAUCUUGUCGGGGAUUUUAGUCUUAGCACUGCCCAUUGCCAUUAUAAAUGACCGCUUUGCUGCCUGUUACUUUACAUUAAAGAUGAAAGAAGCCGCACUCAGACAGAGGGAAGCGUUGAAGAAACUCAUGAAAAACAUAAGUAUGGAAUCGGACAUAAAUGUGAACCUGCGAGACAUUUAUGCCAAGAGUAUCAUGGAGAUGUUACGAAUAAAAACCAGAGAGCGAGCAAGUACGAGAAGCAGCGGUGGAGAUGAUUUUUGGUAACCCAUGAUGUUUUUUAUACAGUAUUAAAUAUAUAAUUUCC